AUUUGUAUUUUAGAGGAAUUGUGUUUGGAAAUGAUACAGCAUUGUGUUCAUUCAGAAGUAAUGGGCGCCAUGUCGAGACAUUCACAGGAUGCCCACGUAGUUAAACAAUGUUGUUUUAUUCUGGGAAAUCUCGUCAUUACAGAAGACACAGCUAAACAGAUCAUGUUAGUUGGAGGUGUACACACUAUUAUAAGCGUCAUGUAUAAAUUUCAUGACAACCACACUAUUCUAGAAAAUGGCUGCCGGGCUCUCGGAAGUUUUGCUGCAUUUGACAACAUUUGUUUAGACGUAGCACAGGCUGGUGGAACUAAAACUGUUCUAUCGGUUCUAGAACAGACUAAAGAUGACGUCACAGUUCAGGAGUGUGCUCUUUGGGCUUUGGCUUGUUUAACAUCCAUGGGUGAUACUUGUGAAGAAUUAGUGGAGUUAGAUGGAGUGGAUACAUUGUUAACAUCUAUAGAAAGAUAUAGGGAGGAAGAGACCAUUCAGGAGUACGGUGUUAGAAUUAUAUGUAACUUAGCAGUCCUUGAUACAACGUCAGCUUAUAUGAGCUGUAAUCGUGUGUUGCACAUUCUCGUCGACCAGCUAACACAGUACCCGGAAAAUCUUGGUAUACUUGAUCACGCUCUUUCAGCUCUUAGCCACACCCUUCUUACCAUAGAAAACCAAAGAUUAUUGUUAAAUAAAGAUGGCGUCAGAAAAGUCGUGGAAGCCAUGGCAACGUUCCCAGAACACAACGGUGUACAAGAACAUGGCUGUCGUAUUUUGGGCAAUAUGGGCGUUUAUGAAGUGCUAAGGAAAGAAACGGAAGAGAGUGGAGCUUCCAGGGCAGUUAUCAGCGCCAUGUUAGCAUUGCAGAUGUCUACUGAGAUACAGGAGUAUGGGUGUAUGGCUCUCAUGAAUCUAACAGCAGAUGUUCAAGUUAAUAAAAUACAAGUAAUGAAGAAUGGCGGUGUUAGCGCCUUACUCACCUGCAUCAGAAACUUUGAGAAUGAUAAAUGUAUGCUGCUUGGAGCUUUAAAGGCUUUAGGAAAUAUCAUAAGCUUAGAAGGUGUAUGCCACGAUGUAUUAGAUGAUAAUGGAUUGAGGACUAUUAUAACUGUCAGUAAUAGGAACAUUGAUUCUAUAGAGAUACAGACAUUUUGUUCAAUGAUUUUAUGUGGCCUGUCAGCUCUUACAGAUUUACCGUUUGAAAUGACCGAGUCUAUAGAUGAUACGUUAUUGCGUAUAUUAGGCGAGUGUUGCACUAAUGCUGAUAUUUGCCUUUAUUUCUGUCAGACCAUGGAAAAUAUUAUAACUACAGAAAAUGGCUAUAGAAUAUUUGUAAAGGAUGACAGAUUACCGGUAAUAUUACAAUGUAUGUCUAAGUUUAUUUAUCACGCUGACAUCCAACAAGCCGGAUGUAAAAUAAUCGCCAUUUUAGCUAUGGGUUGUGAAUCAACAGGUUUAAUAACAUCGGAAGCAGUUGAUGGUAUUUUACAGGUAAUGAGAACGUUUAAAUCUCACACAGAAUUACAGGUAAUUUGCUGUGGUGCCAUUUCAUGUCUACUAGAGAAUGAUUGUGACGUAGAUAGAGUCAUAAUACAAGAUGGCGGCAUAGAUUGUAUAUCAACAGCAUUAGAAUUACAUCCAACAGAACAUAGAUUACAUGUUUUAGCAUUGAUGGUUUUAGCAAGCUUAGCACCCAUAGUUGAAGGAGAUAAAGUUGAUGAAAUUCAUAGAAUUGUUAUCAUGGCCAUGGAUCGCUUUAUGGAAAACCAUGAAAUACAGAGCUACGGCUGCACGGCCAUCUGUCGACUACAGUUUAAGGGAGAUCAUUUGGAAGUGGAUAAUAUAUUAUCGUCUGUUCGCCACGCGCUGAGACGUCACUCAUCCCAGGGUGACGUAUUAAAAUCAGCUGGUUCAUUAUUAAGACGAAUGUCGGAAGCUGGUCAUGGGGAAGGUGUUGAUGGUGUUUUAGGUUCAGCCUUACCAAACCUUCCAGACUUCUUCUGGCGGACAGUGAAACAAACCAAACCAAGUAAAUUAUGUUAAAACAUGUUGUAAACUUAUAGACAGUAAUAAAAUGGUGGAUGUUGAAAAGUAUCGUUACAAACUGUUCAUAAAAGUGGUACGAAAUAUACAUGAAAGUAUUGUUACGAACUGUAGAGCCAAGUAUUGUUACGAACUGUAGAGCCAAGUAUUGUUACGAACUGUAGAGCCAAGUAUUGUUACAAACUUUACGUGAAAGUGUUACGAAACGUAUACAUUGUUUCGAACUGUAUAAGUUACGAAAUGUGGAAAAAAAGAAAAGUAUUAUGAUAAUUGAUAAAAAGUAAGGCUACGAAGUGCAAUUUGAAAGUAAAGUAUUACGAACUGUAGGCCUACAUAAAAGUAGUGCUAGGAACUGUACAUGAAAGUGUUACGAAACUUAAAUACAAUUAUUAUUUGGAACUGUACAUGAAAGUGUUACGAAACGUAAAUACAAUUAUUAUUAGGAACUGUAUAUGACAGUGUUACGAAACGUAAAUACAAUUAUUAUUUGGAACUGUACAUGAAAGUGUUACGAAAACGUAAAUGCAAUUUAUUUUUUUGGAACUGUAUAUGGAAGAGUUACGAAGUGCAAUUUAAAAUAAAGUGUUAUGAAAUGUACACAAAAAUAUCGUUACGAAAUGUACACAAAAAUAUCGUUACGAAAUGUACAUACAAUGUUACGAAAUAUAGAUACAAGUAUUGUUUUGAACUGUGCAUAGAAUUAUCACGAAAUAUACGUAAACAUUAAAAAAGUAAUUGGUGUUAAAUUGUAGUUUGCUCCUAUACUGGGCUAAUGAAGACGGGCAUAAUGCAGGGAUCGAACAGCGUCUUACCCACUUAACCACGGUGGCUUCAUCAAAUUAUAGAAUUUAAGGAACCAAAAUGGCGUGUUAUCAAGGUACAUAAAAAUGAUGCGUUUCGAAAUGGACGUUACGGUAAAGUUCGGAAGUGUAUAUAAAAUGUACG